AACUUUUAGUUGUUGUUCCAUUACAAUGUCAGCAAAUCUCAGACCUCUGCAGACUUUCGAUCACGUUUAAUGGAUCUAUUUCAUGAAUAACGAACUUCCGGCGUAGAUGUUUGGCAUGCCUGUGAAAUGUGAGCAAACACAGUCGCCAUCUAUUUCUGUCACUGCUGUCCUGCCGGAUACUGCUGCUGGCCUGAAAAGGUUGUUUAAGAACCAAACGGCUCCCUUAAUUUUACAGUUUCAGAACACUAACGGGUACUUAAGCCUCAGUCCUCCCCUGAGUCCUUGUCAUCAUGGACUUGUAUGAGAUCAGAGGAGGCAGGCUGGGUGUGAUUGCAGAGGAAGCCGAGCUCCAGGAGUUAAGCAGAGAGUCUACUGCUAUGGAGACCUACAAUGUAGGCUCACCUCCAUCUCUCACUGGAGCAGAAGAUGGAAGUGAUGGUGAGGAGGAUGCUUUUAAGGAGGGAGAAACUGAGGGGGAGAUCAUCUUGAUUCGCGAUCAGCUGCAAGAGAAGGUUGCAGAGAUGGAGAGCUUUGCUGGUCAUCUGGAAGAGAUCUUCCUUACAGUGGAGGAGAAUUUUGGCCGUCAAGAGCAGCACUUGGAGCAGCACUACAAUGACGUGCUGCAGACGCUGUCUCAGCGACAGGAUGAGAGCGCGGCAAGGUUGGAGGAGGAGAAGAAGGGUAAGCUGGAAGCCCUGUACGGUCAGCUGCUGGCCUGCGGUCAGGCACUCGAUGCCUCCAAGGAGCUCAUCGAGACAGCGCAGGAGGUCUACCGCAGCCAGGACAAGAGGCUUUUCUUGAAGACAGUUAUGCCCACAAUUAAAAGAAUCGAGGAGUUUGCCAAAGACGAGGUUGACCUCACGCUGUCUACAUGUCUUGAAUUCAACACACCGCUCGCUGACCUGUCAGAUGUCAAAACCAUGAUGGACUCGAUCAACAUUGUUCCAGCUCCAUCUGCCCCAGUAAUCAAUCCCCAGAUGCCCAACUCUGCCACUCAGACAUCCCUGCGUGUGUGCUGGAGCUUGUUCUCUGAUGACACGGUGGAGUACUAUGAGCUUUACUACAGGCCGGUGCUGGAGGAUACACCAGCAGACAGCGCCUUCACACCGCAGGUGAGCAAGGUAACGUUGAAGGAGACGCACUGCACUGUUGCAGAUUUGCUGCCCAAUGCUCAGUACGAGCUCUGGGUGACGGCUACCAAUACCACAGGCAUCAGCCCAGCCAGCGAGAAGGCCUUAUACAUGACGGUGCCAUCACCUCCAGUGAUUAAGCAGAGGGAGUGCAGUAGCUGUCCAGAGGCUGCUCUGAUCCGCUGGGAGUCAGGAAACACCAACCCCGUAGACUCCUACACGGUGGAGCUCAGGGAGAUGGGUGCAGAUGGCACAGAGAGCAGCAUUACCGAGUCUAUUGUAGCAGUGCCCACCUGUCAGUGUCUGAUCCAGCUGCAGCCAGGACGACGUUACCUCAUCUGUGUGAGAGCGGUCAACAUCGGAGGGCCCAGUGACAGGAGUGAACCAAUUACUAUCACCACUACAGGUACGUUUUUCUAUCUCCUGGAGGACACUGCCCAUCCUUGCCUGUCCAUCUCUGAAGACGGCUUCACAAUCUUUUAUGGCGAUGAAGAACUUCCAAUAAGUGCCAUGGCCUUAGAUGACAACACCUUUACCAGAUGUGUAGCUGUCCUCGGGGAUCUGAUUCCAGUGCGAAGCAGGCAUUACUGGGAAGUUGAGGUGGAUGAUGGGACAGAGUUCCGGAUCGGAGUUGCCUAUGAGAACACAGAGAGGAACUCGUACCUUGGGGCCAACAGUACCUCGUGGUGUAUGAGACACAUCCUGAGUCCAUCCAGGCAUAAAUACGAGUUUCUACACAACGGCUGGAGUCCUGACUUGAGGAUCACCGUGAACCCCGUAAGGAUUGGAGUGGCGCUUGACUAUGACAGAGGGACUCUGUCUUUCUUUAACGUAAAUCUGGAACAACACCUGCACACCUUCCACUGUCACUUCCGAAAUUACGUCCACCCCUGCUUUAGCCUGGACAACCCGGGAGCGCUUACUGUGCACAACGGCAUAGAAGCUCCCGAAUACGCAUUCAUCUGACAGUAUCAACAUGAAAUAAAAACCCAGGCAACAAGGCCAAAACAAUUAUCGUCUUUAAUACUUACCAAAGUGCUCGGUGACAUCGAACAAAACCAAUGUUUGUAACGCCAACCUCCAUUAAAAACUGAACUUUCUCACUGAAGAUAACACACUGCUUUCAAAUGCUUUUAUUAUAGUAUUCCAUGGGAACAGGCAUACACCAUUUUCCAAGAUAAGAAAAGGUUUCACUAGAUUGUACAAUAUUUAAACCACCUUUGACUGCAGCAGACUUGAGUGUUUAAGUCCAAAGGAGGAAAUAAGGAGCUGUUUUUUCUUUGCGCCCCCACCAAAAAAAUGCAUUGGAGAAAAAAAUGAAGGGGGGAAAAAAAACCCCCAAUUUAAAUUAUAAUACAGCUCUAUUCACAUAUGUAGAAGGAAAGUCCACCCAGAAUACUUCCACACACUGUAUAAAGUGGCUACUGAUGAUGUUUGAAUUUGCAAUCAGAUCACUAUUUCAUAAAAAAAUAAGAUGUAAAUAAACCCCCCCCCCCACAAAUGUAGCCCAAAGAGGUGUGACAUUUUAAAAUAAA